AGAGCACUGGCGGUCGUCAUAUCGCGGCGUGCCUCGCGGGUGGAUCUUUUUUGUUUCCAAAUCUUGUUCUCGAGAGAAAAAUACGAAGAAGAAAGAGAAGUGACGGAUUUCAGUGCAGUGCAGGGAGAGCCGAGCACACUGGGAAAUUGAUCAUCUAGGGUUUGGAAACCUGGCCUCCGGCGGCGAGAUGGCGACCCCACCUCCGGCUACUUUGCCGGAGAGCUUCGGUGUAACGCGAUUGGCUGGCGCUAGGGCUUCGCCGUCUACAGCCAAGGGAGGAAGCUCUCUUAGGGAAGAGGCCAUCUGGAAGCGGCUUAGGGAAGCGGGGUUUGACGAGGAGACGGUGAAGAGGAGGGAUAAGGCUGCGCUUAUCACAUACGUUACAAGGCUUGAAGCCGAGAUUUAUGAUUACCAAUGUAAUAUGGGGCUUAUUUUACUGGAAAAGAAAGACUUGGAGUCUAAAUACAAUGAAAUCAAAGCUUCUGCUGAGUCAGCUGAGAUAAUUUAUAAGCGUGAUAAAGCUGCAAAUCUCUCUGCUUUAGGGGAAGCAAGGAAGCGUGAAGAGAACCUGAAACAGACAUUAGGAAUAGAAAAGGAAUGUCUAGCGAAUAUUGAGAAGACCUUGCAUGAAACGCUUGUUGAAUCUGCUGAAACUAAAGUUGCGUGUGAAAGAAAGUUGGUUGAAGCUCAAUCAAUGAUGGAAACCGCACAAAGAAUGUUUGAUGAGGCAAAGUCCAAGACUCAUGAAGCAGAGGCUUCUCAAGCAGAAGCACGGCGUCGGCAGAACACUGCCCUUAGAACCUUACAGGAUGUAGAGGCUCGUGAGGAUGAACUUAGACGGCGAAUUGCUUCUUUCCACGCUGAGUGUGAGGCCAAAGAAAAGGAAGUUAGUCUUCAGAGGCAAUCUAUGAAUGACAGCCAGAAGAUUUUGCAUCAAGAGCAAGAGAGAUUAAUGGAAGGGCAGAGCCUGCUCAAUCAAAGGGAAGAGCAUCUCCAUGUAAGAUUGAAAGAAUUAAGCCGUGCUGAGAAAGAAUUAGCGGAAGCAAAAUUGAAGUUUGAAAACGAUUCUUCAACAUUUGGUGAGGAAAAAGCCAAUUUGGAACUUAAUGUGGCUGCUCUUGCAAAUAGAGAAGAGGCUCUCAUUAAAAGGGAAGCUUUAAUCGACAAAAAAGAUAGGGAAUUGCUUAUAUUACAGGAAAAGAUUUCUAAUAAAGAAUUUGAUGAGAUACAAAGGCUUAAAGCUGAAUAUCAAUAUUCUUUUGAAAGGAAAACUUUUGAGUUUGAAGCUGAAAUGGAGCAGAGAAGGAAAUCACUAGAGGGCGAGAUGGAAAUGAAUAGAAAUGCUUGCAGUGUCUUCGAGGCUGAGCUUAAGCAAAGAGAGCAACAAAUUUUGAAAAUGGAAAAUUCAGUUAGAACUGAUCUUCAUGCCAUUUCAGAAAAGCAGGAGGAUGUGAUGAAGAAACUUAAUCUUUUAGAGGAGAAAGAAAAAUCUCUACUUCUUACAGAAAGGACACUAGAAUCAAAGAUGCAGGACCUGCAAAAAGAAAAGAAGGAAAUUGAUGAGAUGCGGGAAGAACUUCAUAAAGAGAAGAUCUCAUUUGAAGAUGUGAAGAUGCAAAUUCUUCGUGCAGAGGAAAAACUAGCGAUCACUGCGAAUGAGAGAAAUGAGCUGCUUGUUAUUGAAAGAAAAUUGAAAGAAGAGAUUGAUAGCUUUAGAGCUCAGAUGUUGGAACUUGAAGUUCAAGCUGGUAAACUGAAGUCAGAAAAGGAGAAGUUUGAAAUUGAAUGGGAUCUAAUUGAUGAAAAAACAGAGGUGUUGAGGAAAGAAGCUGAACGAAUUGCUGAGGAAAGAAGAGCCGUUGACAUACACCUUAGGAAUGAGCUUGACAGUUUAAAUGCAGAGAAGGAAAGCUUGCGCGAGCAAUUGAAGAGAAAUGCUGAAUCCUUGUCUAUUGAGCGGGAUGACUUCAUGAGAAAGAUGGAGCGUGAGCAUUCAGAUUGGUUUAUCAAAUUUCAUAAAGAAAAAGAAGAUUUUCUGAAUGACGUUAAGAUUCAGAGGAAAGAGUUGGAAAACAGUAUUUGUAGACGGAGAGAGGAUGUUGAAAAUUAUUUAAAAGAAAAAGAGGAAGCAUUUGAACAAGAAAAGAGCAAAGAGCUUCAGAGUAUUGUUUCUCAGAAAGAAGAGAUCGCCAAACAGUUGAGACAUGCUGCAUCAGAGUUGAAAAGACUUGACAUGGAGAGAAUGGAGAUUGCCCAUGACAGAGAACAGAGGCAGAAGGAGUGGUCUGAGAUAAACCAUUUUAUUGAAGAGCUUAAUGUGCAACGGGAGAAGCUACAGAAGCAAAGGGAAUUAUUGCAUGCAGAUCGUGAGGAAAUUGAUAAACAAAUUCAGCAUCUUCUAAAAUUAGAGCAUUCAAAUAUUGAAUUAGAGAGUAGAACUCUAUAUGACUCAAAUGCUGAUAAUCCAAAAGUGAAUAUUGGCAAUCUUUCAAGUAGAAAAGGAUUGUAUCAAAAAGAAGCAGCAAAUAAUAGUCAUAAUCCAGAUUGUCAAAAGAUCUCUCUGACAGAUAGCUUGAAAAACAUGUCUUCUAUGAAUGCCUCUGAUAAUGCAUCACCUCUUUCAGCUCCUAUGACCUGGUUUAGGAAAUGUGCAGAAGUUAUAUUCAAGCUCUCUCCAGAAAGAGUUACUGAUGCUACAUUCCAAGGAGGUGUUGGAAGCGGAUCAUCAACCAGUUUGCAGCAUUAUCAUGAAAAUAUUGAAGAUGUGCAGAACUUGGAGUUUAAAAGCAAUGAGGAGGAAAUCAACCAUCCAAUGGAGGAUGGCGUAAUUGCUAUCAGUGAGGAGAAACAUAAAUCAAAUAUAAGUAAAAAUAUGUUGCCACUGAGAAGAAAGAGGCCUGGUCAUGCUGCAUCUAAUGGUUAUAAUAGUUCCAAGUCUUAUUACAGUAGAAAACAUCCGAAGAAACUGAGGCAGAAUAGUGUAGCUGAGAUGGAAGCAGUCUUAGACUGCCCAGAUGUUAAUAAUGGAAUGCUGGAAGAUCAAACGGCAGAAGAGGCUCUUUUGGAGGCUGCUGUGUUAUCUGAGGUUAUUAGACUGGCUGAUGCGAAUGGGAGUGAGAUGAAAGAAGAUGUUGAAUGUGACCAACAAAGCUGUGAGGAUAUUGUUGAAGAAGAGGAUGAGCAGCCAUCUUUAGGAGCCAAGAUAAAGAAGUUUCUCAUUACAUGAUCAUCAUAUUAGUGCGUUUUGCUAUAGGAUUCUUUUAUGUGCCGGCGACGAACAAUUUAGUUUUGUUCUUUCUUUGGUUUCAAAUAUAUGUUGUAUAUUGUUGGCUUUUAGUGUGCAGAAGUAGCAAAAUCUAUUAAGAAUGAUUGUUUUGUGUUUAAUGGUGACGUUAGCUUAACGAAAGGGUGUGUUGAAGAGAUGAUUUGCUUGCUAACAUUGGAUGAUUAUGAUUAGCCCUAUGAAGGCUCAAUUUUUGAUCGCAUGAACAAGUCAAAUUUGUGUUUGCAUAUAAAGUGUUCUUUAAUA